AUUUCAGUUCCUGCUACACCAGUUCAGCAUCAUGUUUGAGACCCAAAAGCAAACCCUUAAGAGCACAAUCUCCCGCUUGCUCAAACAAUGCAAGAGCAUGAGGGAGCUCAGACAAAUCCAUGCUCAGAUCAUAACCUCUCCAUAUCUUCCCCAAAACCACUAUGAUUUCCUCAUCAGUCGUCUCCUUUUCUUCUGUGCCCUUUCAGACUCUGGUUCUCUCAGUUAUGCCACCAAUGUUUUUAGACUCAUAGAGAACCCACAAAUCUCUGUUUAUAACAUCAUGAUUAGAGCCUAUGCCUCCAAAUUCAAUGAUUCAAAAGACACCCAUUUGUUGUAUUCCUUAGUUCUAUACAAGCAAAUGCUUAGUAACGGAAUUGGACCUGAUACCCUCACUAUUCCUUUCCUCGUAAAGGAAUGCACGGGUAGGCUUGAUGAUUUUGUAGGGCGCAGUAUUCAUGGGCAAGCCAUUAAGUUUGGAUUGGACAGUGACCUUUUUGUUCAAAAUUCUUUGGUUAGUUUUUAUUCAGCUUGUGGGUUUUUGAAUAGUGCGAGGAAAGUGUUCGAUGAAAUGCCAAAUAGGGAUGUUGUGUCUUGGAAUGCGAUGAUUAUCGGGUACUUGAGGUCCGGGAAACUUGGUGAGGCGUUGGAUUUGUUUAGGAGGAUGGAUACGAGGAAUAUCAUUACUUGGAAUUCGAUAAUCACAGGGUUUGUUCAAGGUGGCUGGGCAAAGGAGGCCUUGGAGAUCUUCCAUGAAAUGCAGAAUUCAAGUGAUGAUGUUGUUAGACCAGAUAAAAUUACCAUUGCCAGUGUGCUUUCAGCUUGUGCUUAUCUUGGAGCAAUUGACCAGGGCAAAUGGGUGCAUAACUACUUGAGGAGAAGUGGCCUUGAAUGUGAUUUGGUAAUUGGCACAGCAUUGGUUGACAUGUAUGGUAAAUGUGGCUGUGUGGAAAGUGCCUAUGCAGCCUUCAAGGAAAUGCCUAAAAGGGAUAUCUCAGCUUGGACAGCUAUGAUUUCUGCGUUUGCACUUAAUGGGUAUGGUAAGGAGGCUUUUGAUACAUUUGAAGAGAUGGAAUUGCUUGGAAUGAGGCCGAACCAUGUGACAUUUGUUGCGCUCCUAUCAGCUUGUGCUCAUUCUGGAUCAGUAGAGAGAGGCCGCAGGUGUUUUGACAUGAUGAGACAUGGUUAUAUGAUUGAACCACAGGUCUACCAUUAUGCUUGUAUGGUAGACAUUCUUAGCCGAGCUGGGCUAUUUGAGGAGGCAGAGGGGCUUAUUAGAAGUAUGCCAGUGGAUCCUGAUGUUUUUGUUUGGGGAGCAUUACUUGGAGGCUGUCAAAUGCAUGGGAAUGUAGAGUUAGGAGAAAGGGUGGCAAGGCAUUUGAUUGCUAUGGAACCAGCAAACCAUGCUUUUUAUAUGAACUUAUGUGAUGUCUAUUCUAAAGCUGGUAGAUUUGAAGAUGUCAAGAGAACUAGAACCUUAAUGAGGGAAAGGGGGAUUAAAAAGCAAGUCCCAGGCUGCAGUGUGAUUGAAGUAGAUGGAGUCAUUGUUGAGUUCUCAAUUAGAGGAUCAUCUGAACUUGUUGCAGAGGAGCUAGCUUGCAUCUUGAAUGCAUUGAGUAAUACAAUGAAGAUUGAAAGUAUCAUGCAUAACUAUAACGAGAAAUUGUUGGAGGCACAAGAUUUAUAGUGAUGUGUGGAUAAAUUGUUGAUAAAUUCAUGACCAACAGAUCUAGGAUUUAAAAGCUAAUAGCUCGGUAUUGAAUUUAUUUACCAGUCAGUGAAUCUUAAAGCAAGAAAAUGAAGUAUAUUUCCAGCCUGUUUGAUGCAAUCAUGCAACAAAAGGGUGUCUUAUAGAAAUGAACUCCUUUAUAUGUUAUCUAAGAGAGUCUCCCGAAUAGCAUCUCUCUCCGCAUAUCAGAUUGUUUUGAACAUAAACAUGUACGGAUCUUUCCUGGGUAUGGUAUUGGUGUUGCACAGGCACUAAUUAUUUUCUUGUUAUAUUGUCUUAGGUGGGCACACUGCAAGCAAUGCUUAUAUCUACCCAUCUGGCUCGUCAUUAAUUUUCUUCUAGAAGUCAAUUAGUUUGAACUUGGUGCAUCAAUAUAAAAUUUCCUGCCUU